AUGUUUGCACAGAGUCUCAAACAGGGUGUGCUCUCAGCCUUUCUUCUUCUCCUGGCAGCGUCGGGACACUCGGCAGAAACCACAAAUAUGACUCGGCUUGAAAACGGCAGCUCGUCGGACCCGCUACUCCUGAGUUCGCAUAGACCGUGCGGGAGCCGAGACCAGCACUUCUGUUUAAACGGCGGCACGUGCGUCUAUCCUCAGGACAACACGGAACCCUUUUGCAUCUGCGCGGCCGGCUUCAGCGGGAAUCGCUGCCACUACGACGGCGAGGUGGACUCCAUGUUCUGUCAAACUCCCCUAAUCAUGGAGCACCUCAUCUCCAUCAUCUGCGGGACGGCCGUCGUCGCGUUUGUCCUAGUCUUCAUCGGUUUUUGCGUCGUCCGCAAGAGGUGUGUAAAAUCAGCGAAGCAAAUCGAAUCUGUGCCAUCUGAGGUGACGGUGUGA